ACGGGGCCACCAGGGCGUUGCCAUCUUUUUGAGGGGAGCUCUCUUCACGCCUGCACCCUCUCCCUGCAGGCACCAUGUUGCUUUGGGGCGGAAGUAGCGGAGCCCGGGCUCGGCCCCCUUAAAACGACAGGGACGGCUGUAACCUUCGGCGCCUGGGGACGAAAGGUGAAGCGGCCGAGGCAGGGGCUCUGGACGCGCAGGCUCAGUGGCCGUGGCUCAUGGGCCCAGCCGCUCCGUGACAUGUGGGAUCUUCCCGGACCAGGGCACGAACCUGUGUCCCCUGCAUCGGCAGGCGGACGCUCAACCACCGCGCCACCUGGGAAGCCCCAAGGCAUUCACUUUUUUAUUUAUGUCUGUUGAGUUUCUUUUAAUCUAUAACGCUCCAGGCUUUUUUUUUUUUUUUGGCUGCGUUAUGUCUUUGUUGCUGCGCAGGGGCUUUCUCUAGUUGUGGUGAGCAGGGGCUACUCUUUGUUGCAGUGCAUGGGUUUCUCCUUGCAGUGGCUUCUCUUGUUGCAGAGCACGGGCUCUAGGUGCACGGGCUUCAGUAGUUGUGGCACUCGGGCUCAAUAGUUGUGGCCCGCAGGCUCUAGAGUGCAGGCUCAGUAGUUGCGCUGCAUGGGCUUAAUUGCUCCACAGCAUAUGGGAUCUUCCCAGACCAAGGAUCAAACCCGUGUCCCCUGCAUUGGCAGGUGGAUUCUUAACCACUGUGCCACCAGGGAAGUCCCAGGCUUUUUUUUCCUCUUGCAUUUUAUUUGUUGAAGAAACAGGGUCAUUUGUUCUAUAGAGUUUCCAUCAGUCUGAAUUUGUUAAUUGCAUCUCCAUGGUGUAAUUUAACAUUUUCUUCUGUCCCUUGUAUUUUAGUAAUCCAGAGGCAUGAUCUGCUUUAGAUUUGGUUUUAGCACAGCAAUAAUUUGCAGGUGAUAUGUGUGUUUCCAGAGUCAGAACGUGUAAGGUUGACUCUGUCUUUAAUGUUAGGGGCCAUCCAUAAUCUUCAAUUGGAUUUUUUUUUUUUUUUUGGCUGCCACGUGGUAGGCAGCAUCUUAGUUCCCCAACCAGGGAUCAAACUCUUACACUCUGUAUUGGGAGCGCAGAGUCUCAACCACUGGACCACCAGGGAAGUCCCUGGAUCUUUUUUAUUUGGCUGUGUUGGGUCUUCAUUGCUGCACGCGGGCUUUCUCUAGUUGCGGCGAGCAGAGGCUACUCUUCAUGGCAGUGUGUGGGCUUCUCAUUGCAGCGGCACACGGGAUCUUCCCGGACCAGGGCUCAAACCCGUGUCUCCUGCAUUGGCAGGUGGAUUCUUAACCAGUGUGCCACCAGGGAAGUCCCUGGAUCUUUUUUUAAUUAGAGGUGAUUUACAUUUUGAAAGGGUCACUCUGGUUGCUGGGGGGGAAGGGGUCCCAGGGUUUCAAGGACUGAAGGAUAGCCAUGCAACAAAGCACUUGCUGCCAUGCCUGGCACACAGGGACUACUCAAUAAAUAUUAGCACUUACUGUUGUUGUUGUUAUUAGAGCUGUGGGGGGGGGCACCCAAAUCCUGAGCUCAGAGCCAUUUUCUGGCCAGGGCAUUCUCCUCUCUUCUCCUCUGCCCUUGGAGGAGACGUCGUCAGUGCCCCAUGGCUCUGGGAGGCAUGUUCAGGAAUGCGGCGGCCAUCUAUUUGCACCUGGUGGGGCCCUUCCGGGGAAAGAAGUCUGGAGCUUCGCUCGCCCGGUGUUUGCAUCAGACUCUCGUCAUGACCAAACAGCUGCAGGCUCGAAGGCUGAAUGGGAUCGACCACAACCCAUGGGUGGAGUUUGUCAAACUGGCCAGUGAGGCUGAUGUCGUGAACUUGGGCCAAGGCUUCCCAGACUUCGCACCCCCAGACUUCGCCGUGGAAGCCUUUCAGCACGCCGUCAGUGGGGACUUCAUGCUCAACCAGUACACGAAGGCAUUUGGUUAUCCACCCCUGACGAAGAUCCUGGCCAGUUUCUUCGGGAAGUUGCUGGGACAGGACAUAGACCCGCUCAAGAACGUGCUGGUGACUGUGGGUGCCUAUGGGGCCCUGUUCACAGCCUUCCAGGCCCUGGUGGACGAAGGAGACGAGGUCAUCAUCAUCGAGCCCUUUUUUGACUGUUAUGAGCCCAUGACAUUGAUGGCAGGGGGUCGCCCUGUGUUUGUGUCCCUGAAGCUGAGCCCCAACCAGGAUGGGGAACUGGAUUCCAGCAGCAACUGGCAGCUGGACCCCACGGAGCUGGCCAGCAAGUUCACAUCUCGCACUAAAGCCCUUAUCCUCAACACACCCAACAACCCCCUGGGAAAGGUGUUCUCCAGGGCAGAACUGGAGCUGGUGGCCAGCCUGUGCCAGCAGCAUGACGUGGUGUGUAUCACCGACGAGGUCUACCAGUGGCUGGUCUAUGACGGGUGCCAGCACGUCAGCAUCGCCACCCUCCCUGGCAUGUGGGAACGCACCCUGACCAUUGGCAGCGCUGGCAAGACCUUUAGCGCCACAGGCUGGAAGGUGGGCUGGGUCCUAGGCCCGGAGAGUCUGCUGAAGCACCUGCGCACCGUGCACCAGAACUCCAUCUUCCACUGUCCCACACAGGCCCAGGCUGCAGUAGCCCAGAGCUUUGAGCGGGAGCAACUGCACUUCGGCCAACCCAGCAGCUACUUUGUGCAGCUCCCACAGGCCAUACAGCGCUGCCGAGACCACAUGAUACAGAGCCUGAAGUCUGUAGGCCUGAGGCCCGUGAUCCCCCAGGGCAGCUACUUCCUCAUCACAGACAUCUCGGAAUUCAAGAGCAAGAUGCCCAACUUGCCUGGAGCUGCAGAUGAGCCUUACGACAGACGCUUUGUCAAGUGGAUGAUCAAGAACAAGGGCUUGAUGGCCAUCCCGGUCUCCAUCUUCUACAGCGUGCCACAUCAGAAGCUCUUUGACCACUAUAUCCGCUUCUGUUUCAUGAAGGAUGAAUCCACGCUCCAGGCCAUGGACAAGAAGCUACAGAAGUGGAAGGAUGAGCUCAGGCCCUGACAUCACCCCCUGGGCCCUGCAUUGCCUGCUCCCUGCACACUCUGCAGGGCUCUGUCUUUGUCCAGGUUUCAGUCAUUCCCAGGUUGGGGGUAGAUGGUACUGGAGGAUCUCUUCUCUGUAACACAGAAUAACCUCAGGGAAGAGCCCCCCGUUUUGGUCUUGGGACAGUCAGGAGCACUUCCCCAUGGCACAUAGCUGUGUUACUGUUGCAGAGGUGAAGGAGGCCUGACCGGGGCCUCUCCCUGGUCCUCCCUGUGCUGGGCUAUAUGGUCUUGGGUCCCCUCUGGCCUCCCCAGACUCAGCUGGGACUCAGAGGGCAGAGUUCAAUAGUGUACUGACCUUGGGUCUUAGCACUGGCCCCAGCCUUGCAUUGGCCCCAGCCAGGCCUCAGGCAUCCCUCCCUUUCCUUAUCUAAGCUUGAUUUUGGAAAGUUGCCCUUAGGCUUGACUCUUCAAGCCAGUACUUUUGCCCAUAAUAAAGUUUUAAGUUAUUCAAACUGUUAUUGGCCGCUUCUCUCUGCUUCACACCCUGGUGCUGAUUGCAGAUGGGGGCUUAGUCAGAAUGGAAGGCAACUCCCACCUCCCUGAACCUCAGAUCCCAGACUCUCUUUGUACAAAUGUGUUUUGAGGCCCAAAGAAGGGCAGGGACUUGGACCUUGUCUGAAGCCACCCAGUUAGUUAAUGGUAAAACCAGGCCUAGGGGCUCA